UUCACACGCUCACAUUAUAAGUAUGAGAUCUAAACGGAACGUGGGCAGUGUAAGGUAAUAUCGUGGCACGUAUCACUGGGUAUAACAUGGCAUUUAUCCACACUUGCUUUUAUAUACCGCUGUUGCUGCUGGUGUUAAACUGUACACAGGAUGGCUAUGCAAGCAAUGCUGACAUCUUAAGAAACAUUAAUGCUGCAGUAAUUACUAGCGAUGGACGACAAAAUGGCGAAACAAACGUGGAAGCGUCGGCAAGAGCGAACAGACAAGACAUGGUUAGUGGUAUUUCAUGUCCAGCUGCUGAAGCCAUCUUUCCUUGCAUGUGCACCAGCGAGCCGGGCGAAGAACGCAUCAACUUGGACCUUGACUGCUCCGAGGUGGAGAACGAGGACCAGCUGGAACAAAUCAUGGCCUCACCCUUUCCCUCCACCAACUUCCGCAGCCUCACCAUAGUGGAGAAUGCUAACUUAAAGGUGCUGAGGGCUGGCAUCCUGGGUAACACCACCUACGAGGAGUUUUAUAUAUAUUGGUCUACUCUGGAGGAGGUGGAGGCAGGAGCUCUCUCCGGCAGCCACUCCACCGCAACUCAGAUAGUUUUGCCAAGUAACAAGAUAACGAUGUUUCCGUGGGAAGAGCUCCCGUUGUUCACCAGUCUCGUAACACUAGAACUCUCUGAUAACAAGAUAACACCAUUUCCAACCUUAGCUUCAGAAAGCCUACAAAACCUUGGCCUGAUAUUUAAUCCUCUUGAGUCACUGCCUCUCACAGCAUUCAGAGCCACACCUUCAUUACUCACUAUCUCUCUGGAGAAAGCUAGAAUCAGUAAUGUGAUUCCAGGGACGUUCGAUGGUCUCGCCCAACUUCUCGAAGUGGAUCUUUCUGGUAAUCAGCUGAAUGAACUCCUCACUGGUACGGUCCAAUUCACCAGCACUGGACGUCACUAUCUUUUUUUCCAGCGAAACAACAUCAGCCGAGUGGCAUCCAGUGCUUUCACAGGUGAGCCUCCUCCAGUAUGCAAUAAGUGUCAGGGGUCCGAGACUGUUCAACUGCCUCCCAGCAUACAUAAGGGGGAUUACCAAUAGACCUCUGGCUGUCUU